GCCCAGCUGGGCAGUUUCCCAAUUCCUGGCAGGGGGGCUUUAGGACCCCGAGGGAGUUGGGAGAGGAUUUGGGUGCUUUGAGAUCCCAAAAGGAGGGGCGGUCAGGUGGCUGCAGGGUCGCUCUCCUCAGCUCCCUUGGGCAGGUAUGGAGGACACGUUGCAGGACAAUUUCAUCCUGCAGCCUCCGAUCUUCCACCCGGUCAUCCCGUACGUUACCACGAUCUUCGGCGGCCUGUAUGCUGGGAAGAUGGUGAUGAUGCAGGGGACGGUCCCUCACGAAGCGGACAGGUUCCAGAUCGACUUUCAGUGUGGCUGCAGCCUAUGGCCCAGGCCGGACAUCGCCAUCCACUUUAACCCCCGUUUCCACAGCUCUAAGCCCCACGUCGUCUGUAACACCCUUCACGGGGGCCGGUGGCUGCAAGAGGACAGGUGGCCCGGCCUGGGCCUGCAGCGAGGGGCCAGCUUUCUGCUCUUGUUCCUCUUUGAAAGGGAAGAAGUGAAGGUGAGCGUCAAUGGCCAGCACUUUCUACACUACACCUAUCGGCUUCCUCUACCCCAUGUGGAUACCCUGGGCGUAUUUGGUGACAUCAUGGUGAAGGCGGUCGGAUUCCUGAACAGCAAUCCUUUUGUGGCCAGCAGACCGGACUAUCCCAUUGGACAUCCUCUCUUGUUGAAAAACCCCAGAUUGCAGGUGCCGUUCUCUUGUCUUCUCCCUCAUGGCCUGGGGUCUGGGCAGGUGAUAACUGUGCGGGGUCUUGUCUGUCAGGAGCCUAAAGAGUUUGUACUGAGCCUUCAGGCUGACACGGCUCACCAUCCUGUGCGGCUACGAGCAGACUUCAGAGAUCGGACGUUGGCUUGGACCUCCCCGCAGGGCCAGGAGGAGCGAGUCUGUGCUCCCUUCAUCUUUCAUCCCCAGCGCUUCUUUGAGGUGCUGCUGCUGGCUGAGGAGGGGCGCUGCAGGUUGGCGAUGAAUGGGAAUGCCCUGGGGGAGUUCAGCCCUGGGCCACUGGGCCUCCAACAGCCCUUGGAGCUGCAGAUCCGUGGAAGCGUGGAACUCUACAGUGUCCAGUGCUGACUGUGCAUCCUUCCUGAGCCCCCAUCCCCUAUCAGCCACCCCUGUGACCCAGUGAGGAGAGCGGAGACUCCUGCCCCUGUGACCCAGCAGGGAGAGCGGAGACUCUAGUCCCUGCCGUUGGCCCCCCUGUGACCUGACAGGGAGAGCGGAGGCUCUACUCGCUGCCCCUGUGACUCAAAGAGGAGAGCGGACACUCAAGCCCCCUCCCUUGGCCAUUCCUGUGACCCGGGGGGGGGAGAGCAGAGUCUUCGGCCCCCACCCCUGGACGCCCCUGUGAUCCAACGAGGAAAGCUGAAACUCCAGGCCUUGCCCCAGGCCACCCUCGUGGCCCAGCAGCCAUCAGCUCCCCAGCUAGAUGGCUCCUCUUUGGGCCUUCCCUUUGACAUUAAAAAUCUGUUACAGUUUGGAACUCUCAUGAUCUGCUCAGGGCUGAAUACAAAUAAUAACAGUAGCAGCUCCGGUUAAGGGCUUACUAUGGAUAAAUCAUUGUCCCAGACACUGGGAUAGAUACAAUAGAAUAUCAAAUCACACCCAGUCUCUGAUCCACAGAG